AUGUCUUCAACAACUAUGGCGAAGAAGAACAAGGGGAAGAAAGCGGCCGAUCCGAAUGAGACAUCCAAACUUCUGGCUGCCAAGAUCUCGCAGCUAGAACAGGAUGCGGCCGGCGAAAAAGAUCAGGAACAAGAGAUCGAGCGUGAGGUGAAGAAAGCUACACGAGAUCUCAAUCAACUCCUGAACAACAUUGAGUCCCCGAUGACCCGCCUGGAAACUGUUCACAAGAAGUAUACCGAGCUGUUGGCGGAUAUGAAAAAGCUAGACCGUGAUUACGCCAAGAGCAAGAAGCGGGCGGAUCAAUUGCAAAAGGACCAGGAGAAGGGAAAGUCGGAACUUAACAAGACGGUCACAAUGAAGGAUAAGCUAGAGAAACUGUGUCGUGAAUUGACAAAGGAAAACAAGAAAGUGAAGGAUGAGAAUAAAAAGCUAGAAGACACGGAAAACAAGGCUCGCCUCAUUGUCAACGAACGCCUCGACUGCCUCCUGUACGACAUUCAAGACGUCAUGAAUUCGAAGGGAAACCCGCGCAAUGAGAAGGUGGAUAUUGAUCUGGAUGAAGCUCUCCGCGUGAAGUUGAAGACCAUCAGUGAGCAGUUUGACACUCGUGAGCUGCACUACAAGGGCCUUCUCCGUAGCAAGGACUCGGAGAUCCAAAGCCUGACCUCAAAGUUCGAGGAGCAGCGUCGCACAGCUGAGAAUGAGACUUCACGGGGUCGCGCCUUGAGUGCACAGGUCUCGACCUUCUCUCACACGGAAGCCGAGCUGCGCAGUCAACUCAACAUCUACGUGGAGAAGUUCAAGCAGGUCGAGGAUACUCUGAACAACAGCAAUGAGCUGUUCCUGACGUUCCGUAAGGAAAUGGAGGAAAUGUCCAAGAAGACCAAGCGCUUGGAGAAGGAGAACCACACUCUCAAUCGCAAGCACGAGCAGACCAACCGGAACAUCCUUGAGAUGGCGGAAGAACGCACGCGGAACCAGGAGGAACUUGAGAGAUGGCGACGCAAGUGUCAACACCUCGAAGCCCUGUGCCGGCGAAUGCAGGCUCAAGGACGUGGUGAAGGCCUAGCUGAAGGUGACGAUCAUCUCGACAACGACGAUGAGGGUACCGAGAGCGAGUACGACGAUGACUACGAGGACGAAGAGGAACUGAGUGAAGAUGGCGACCUCGACGACGCUGACCGCGGCAUUCCCCAUGCUGCUGCCCCUAACGAGCGACCUGUGUUCGGACCUCCUCCGCCUCCCAACCUGUUGGACGCCAGGGCGUCUAAGAGCGCCGUCAUCAAUGGGUGUCACUAA